UUGAGCCGUCUCCCAGUAGGUGAGUCUUAGGGACACUCCCAUCCCAUCAUAAAUAAGCCAGAUCCCGUCCACACUCUGAGUUCCUGUUUUCCUUGUCUCAGGUGAGAAUCACAGGGUCCUUCUGUUCUCCUCCGUUCUUGGUGAAGACACAAGUCCAACUGCCGGCUCUUCUCAUUGACAAGGGUAAAUGUGCUAAGGUUUUUAUGGACUAGCACAGAGGAGCAGAGGUAACUAUGAAGCAACUUGCAAAACAUUCUUAAAAUAUGAAGCAAGAAGAAUAACAUUUAAACGUCGUGUGAUCAUUAUACCUCUUUAUCCAUCAAAGUGGCUUCAUUCCACUACCUCUCUUCUAUGCUCAGAUCUUGCAUUUUUGAAAGAUCGGACAAGCCGAAGUGCCUGGGAGAAAAUUUUCAGUCAUUCGUCUUUGCAAUGGGUGUGCUCAGGUUCCAGCGUAUCCUCUUUAGGAGUUCUGUGGGAUCCAGUGGACUCACGCAAGCCGCGCUCACCCUCCUUCUUAUUAUAUGUUGCUCGACUCAGGAGUACAGAGCACCCCCUUUUAUUCCAAACAUAUCUUUCCUCUGGGUCUGGAAUAUCCCAAGUGAAGGGUGUGCUAUAAAUUUUAACGUGCAUCUAGAUCUGAACCUUUUCUCUCUAGUAGGAAGCCCUCGAAAAACUGCCAAGGGACAAAAUAUUACAAUAUUUUAUAAUAGCAGACUUGGCUACUAUCCUUACAUAGAUGACAAGACUGGCAAAGGUAUGAAUGGAGAAAUCCCCCAGACUGGAAACAUGAUAAAGCACUUGGCGAAAGUCAGGAAAGAUAUUGACCAUUACAUAGACGUAGACACGACGGGCCUGGGUGUCAUUGACUGGGAAAACUGGAGGCCUAUCUGGAUAAGAAACUGGAAACCUAAAGAUAUUUACAAGAACCUUUCUAUUGAGUUGGUUCACCAACAACAUGCAGAACUUAAUGACACAGAGGCCACCAAGAAAGCCAAAGAAGAUUUUGAAAGCGCAGGAAGGUGUUUCAUGGAAACGACCUUAAAACUGGUGAAAGACCUUCGGCCAAAUUAUUUAUGGGGCUUUUAUCUUUUUCCUGAUUGUUACAAUGGUUUUAGAGAAACCGAUUACAAUGGAAGUUGCCCUGAUAUAGAAAAGAAGAGAAACGAUAGACUCGACUGGUUAUGGAAGGAAAGCACGGCCCUUUUCCCAUCCAUUUAUUUGAGUGGCAAAUUCCAAUCUAAUUUAAAAGCUGCUCUCUAUGUCCGCAAUCGUGUUUUGGAAGCCAUUCGGCUUUCUGCAGUACACAGUGUUAAACAUCCACUUCCAGUUUUUGUAUAUACCCGUCCAGUUUUUGCUGACAUAGAUUUGAAAUAUUUUUCUCAGGAGGACCUUGUGAACACAAUCGGUGAAACAGUUUCUCUAGGUGCUUCUGGAAUGGUAAUGUGGGGAAGCCUCAAUAUAAGCCAAAAUGUGCAAUCUUGCACAGAGCUAGACAACUACAUGAAGAAUACACUGAAUCCUUACAUAAUCAAUGUCACCCUCGCAGCCAAAAUGUGCAGUCAAGCGCUCUGCCAGGACCAAGGAGUGUGUGUAAGGAAACACUGGAAUUCAAGUGACUAUCUUCACCUGAACCCAGAUAAUUUUGUUAUUCAACUUGAGAGUAAUGGAAAAUACACAGUACAUGGGGUACCCACACUUGAAGAUCUACAACAAUUUUCCCAAAACUUUCACUGCGCUUGUUAUGCCAAUGUCCAUUGUAUGGAGAGAGUUGAUAUGUCUGAAGUCCAUACUAUUAAAGUAUGUGUGCCUGGAGAUGUUUGUAUAGACACCUUUCUCAACUCAGGACCCGGUGGUCAGCCUUCUAGCUGGAAGGAGAAAUCUGCCACUUCGAGUAGUAUCUUAUCUGCCAUGCCACCUGCCACAGGGUCUCCAUGAUCCUGCGAAAGAUCUUAGUAGGUGCGUCAAAGCCAGAUAGCAGAAGAGGACUCCAAAAACCCUCGAGUAGGCUCUCAAAGUGUACAUAUUCAAAAUAAGAAACAAUAAAACAACCCAUUCAAGUAUAAGUUCAGUGUUUAUUAAA